CUUUACUCCUAAACCGCAACUACAUACCACUUUGUGUUUUGAAACAUACGCUUGGAUAUACAGCCGAUCCGCCGACACCAUAAUAACUUUUUUUUCAGGAUAUUUAAGAAAAUAAACAUUGCAAUAAUAUGGGAAAAGAAAAUAUCUGUUUUUUGCCUGUUUGGAUAAUUUUGGGAAAAAUCUUUGCAACUUUUUCUUCAGACCCUGAACUCACCACCACAACCACCACUGGGUUUGCAAACAGCACAGUCACCGAUACUCCCCUGCUGACCACUUCUGAAUGGAUCACAGACUUCACUGACAUCGUGACCAAGUUCUCCCUGCGCACCGCCGACAUCCCAGAUGAUGACAUGUGCUACAUUGUGGCCGGCCGGCCAGAAACCAUCCAAGAGUGUGGAUUCAACUCAACGACACAGACCUUCAUUGUGAUACACGGCUGGACGGUGACCGGGAUGUUUGAGAGCUGGGUGCCCAAACUGGUGUCUGCCCUCUACGAGCGUGAGCCCAGUGCCAACGUGAUCGUGGUGGACUGGCUGACCCGAGCCAACCAGCACUACCCGACCUCUGCAGCCUACACCAAACUAGUGGGCCGUGAUGUGGCCAAGUUUGUUACGUGGAUACAGAAAGAGCUGCAGUUGCCCUGGGGGAGGCUUCAUCUGCUGGGCUACAGUCUGGGAGCACAUGUGGCUGGGAUUGCUGGAGAUCUCACAGACCAUAAAAUCAGCAGGAUCACAGGUCUGGAUCCUGCUGGUCCCACCUUCGAGCAUGCAGACAACCAGAACACCCUGUCCAAAGACGAUGCCCAGUUUGUGGACGUCUUGCACACCAACACCAGGGGCUCCCCGGACCGCAGCAUCGGCAUCCAGAGACCCGUGGGCCACAUCGACAUUUACCCUAAUGGAGGCACUUUCCAGCCUGGCUGCGACAUCCAGAAUACACUGAUGGGGAUCGCAUUAGGAGGCAUCAAGGGACUCCAAAAUAUGGACCAGCUCGUUAAAUGUUCCCACGAGCGCUCCAUCCACCUGUUCAUCGACUCUCUGCUGAACACCCAGCAGCAGAGCCAGGCCUACCGCUGCAACUCCAGAGAGACCUUCAACAAGGGCAUGUGCCUCAGCUGCAGGAAGAACCGCUGCAACAAGCUGGGCUACAACAUCAACAAGGUCCGGACGACCCGCAGCGCCACGAUGUACCUCAAGACUCGUGAAAUGUCGCCUUACAAAGUUUUCCACUAUCAAGUCAAGGUGCAUUUCUUCAGUAAGGACCCGAUGAGCUUCACCGAGCAGCCGAUGAAGAUUUCUCUGGUUGGAACCCACGGAGAGAAAGAAGACAUUGCAUUCGUCCUGCCGAUCCUGAAGGGUAACACCACUCUGUCGUUCCUCAUCACCACCGAUGUGGAUAUUGGAGACCUGUUGAUGGUGAAGCUGCGCUGGGAGAAGGACACCAUCAUCAGCUGGUCAGGCUGGUGGGGCAGCAGCAAGUUCCACAUCCGAAGACUGCGCAUCAAGUCCGGGGAGACUCAGUCCAAGGUGAGCUUCAUAGCGCAAGAAGGAGAGUUUUCCUACCUCGUCCGGGGAGGAGAAGAUGGAGUCUUUGUCAAGUCACAAGAAGGCAACAUAAGCCGUAAUGAGAAAUUGAGGCACAAGCUGAAAAUGCGGGGCAGCCUUUAUGGGCAGAACGACGCUUGAAGUUGCACUUAAAAACACAUCAUGCACAGCAUCCAUCUCUACACACAUAGCCAAAGAGGGACCGCACUGAGCAAAACCCUGGGAAAGCCAUAGCAAGCAACUGGACAUUUACUGUUUUUUCCCUUCAAAUCUUUCUUCCUGUUGUGCCUCUUGACUUCACCUUGCAGUGCAACCAACACAACCUCAACUCACAGUGCUGGAAAUCAGUCUGCUCACAAACUCUCUCCUGUCUCUGCAUAUUCUGCUGCUGACACAUGUUACAGGUUUCUUCUUGAUGAUGUGUUCACAUAUGAGAAAUAUACACUUUCAGUCGCAUUUUCUGCAUAUCUUUGUAAUCAUUUGUUUAUGCUUCUUUAGCCUAUAUAUAUACUGUUAAUACUGAUUUUGAUGUACUUUUAACCCCUGAAGUGGUGUUUUCUUUGCCUUUGUGAACUUGGAUUAUUGUUACUGUAUAAAUGAUUCUGAGGGAUAGGCAUAGUUUAGGCACAUCUUUUUGUUUGUUUUUAUUUCCUAAUUGUGCAAAAUUAUAUUUUUGUCCCCAAUGUUUGUCUUUACCGAACCACUAAUUGCCAACAAUCGACAGGGACCAAAGAAGUAUUUACUGAACUGAGAAUCACAGCGGCCUUUGUAAAUACCUUUUUCAAUCAAUAUUUUAAAUAUAUAUAUAUAUAAAUAUAUAUAUUUUUAAAUAUGAGUAAUGUGUUAAUAUCUGAUCUCUUGAAGCCUUGCUUGUUAUUUGAUUGUGUUUUGGUUAUUGUGUCACUGGUCACUUUAAAAGGCUCUCUGUCCCCUGCAGCCAUUUAGAUGUCAAAGGUCAUUGAGAUUGCGGUCCAGCAGGGAUUUGCAUCUUUUAAUUAGAUUUUUUUUUUUCUGAAAUUGAACUGAGGUCAAUUUUAAAUCCAGUUAUGGCUAGGGCUUCCUUAAUUAGUCCAUGAAUGGUCCAACAGUUUCUCACCUGCAAUAGUUUACCUCAUUGACUAAACUCUGUCUACAACGUGCCCUUGUUUUGAAAAGGUCAAACUUUACAAAAUUGCUGAAAAUAAACAUGCAUGCCCUGAUAAUUUGUGAUGGACUGGCCUACAUGUUAGCCAUAAUACAUCUCAAGAAUACUUCAUAAUGUAUUUAUUGAAUGUACAUUUAUAUAUAUUUGUAUAUUAAGCUGUAAUAUAUUUUGGGAGGCUUCCAUUGUCAUCUGUAUUUUUUAUAAAUUAAGCGUUUUAUCAUUUUUAUGCACAAGGCUUUGGAAUGAUCAAUUAAAUUGGUCUCCAUGCCAGCUGUUCAGUUAAUUUACUUUCAUGAACUGAGAUGCAGUGCACUGUAUAAAUAAAGAGCCCAGGAUGGUUUAAUAAAGAGAUAAACCAUAUAUUCCAUUA